UGCUUCAAGUGAGAGAUCUGGGCAUGUGGCCACCUCCCAGCAGGACAGCAAAGCAGUGCACAGGCUUCCCUGACGUUGGGCUGGCAGCAAAGGGUGCAGAGAAGCCAGCGGAAGAGGGCGAGGGCAAUCUCCAGAGGGCUAUAGCUGAAGCAGACCGGAGGGGGAGGGAAAGGAGCAGUAAAUCCAAGGAAGGAACGACUGUAGCGGCAGGUUUGGAUGGGCAUGACCCUGCCUCAGGCAGAGGCUGGACAAGAUGUGCCCUGGAGGCCCCUUCCCGCCCCGCUGCUGUAGGACUCUGCGCGCCCCCCGCAGAGCCGCGGGCCACCACCUUGCACCACCGCGCAUGCGCACACCACCCCCGCUCCCACACUAAAGCCUAGCCACGACCUUGAGCGCGAGGUCGUAUGCGCAUGCGCAUGCGCAGCUCCACCGCGGAGCGGCCCCUGGCGGCCAAAAUGAGGCGCAGGGAGAUGGGGGUGGAGUCGCGCUGACAUCACGGCCUGACGACGGCAUGGACAGGACGCGGGGAGACGGGCGCGCUCAGCCGCCGCGGCCCAGCGUGGGCGUGGGGGUGGUGAUCACCAGCGCCGCGCACCCCAACUGCGUCCUGCUGGGCAAGCGCAAGGGUCUCCUCGGCGGCGGCACCUACCAGCUGCCUGGAGGCCACUUGGAGUUCGGAGAAAGCCUCGGCGCAUGCGCGGAGCGGGAGGUGCUGGAGGAGGCGGCGCUGUACCUGCGCAACGUGCGCUUUGCGUCGGCGGUGAACGCGGUGUGCGCGGCGGAGCGCUACCACUACGUCACCGUGUUCAUGAAGGGUGAAGCGGAGGCGGGCCACGAGCCGCGGAACUUGGAGCCCCACAAGAACGAGGGUUGGGAGUGGGUCCCAUGGGACAAAUUCCCUCUGGCUGAGCAGCUGUUCUGGGCCUUGCGGUGCUUGAGAGAGCAAGGGUACGACCCCUUCACAGAAGAGCUUCAUCACCUCAAGGGAUACACUGGAAGGCACCAGGAGAUGGCCUAGGAACAUGUGAUAAAGACCUCAUUUCAGAAAGACUGUCUGCAUACGUGGUAUCUACAGAGAUGUAUUGCACAGCCCUGUUCUCCAUAUUUCCCCAUUGACAAAGCCAAAACGGUGCUAGGCAUAGGAAUCCUAGAGAAGUCAACCUCUGGUUGUACCUUUGGUAGCUGGGUGGCUGCAUGGUCCUUGUAGGAGUAUCAUACAUCAAGUCAUGGCAAUGGCUGUAUCCGCAAAAUAAAAUAGCUGUGUGUGAGAACAUGAUGGCUGCAGUUGUCUAUACAUAAGCCAGUUGUAUGAGUAUGACAAAGUGAAGACUGGGAAAGGUCCUAAGUGAAGUUGGGAACAGAAAGGAAAAAAAUACUGCAGAAGCACAAACAGGAAACAGGACCAUGUGGUGUGAAUCUGUUUCAAUUAUUGUUUUAUUGAUCCUGCGUUAAGCAGAGGCCUUAAUUUUAAAGUGCAUAGACUGGAGUGCCAGUGAGAAAACAAGGAUACAGGGGCUGCAUUUAGGUUCCUUUUUUUUUUGUUCUUGCCAACUUUCACUCUACCAAAUAAAUGAUUUCUGUAUACCUAGUUUUGGUUACAUUGCCUAAUCCUGUGAUGUAGUCAGUGAAUCAAAAACGGAAGUGUUCAGUGUAUGUUGGGAUCUCACGUUUUUGAUGUUGUUUGUUGCUCUAACAUUGAAUUUCCAAAGUAGUGGCUUAUACAGCAGCCCAUUCAGCUGUUCCCACCCAAUGAUGUACAUUUAUACAUUUUCCUUAUGUUCUUUUGCCUAGCCUAGUUGAAUUUGGGCAGAUGCAUUAUGUGGCCAAGAGAAGUCUUAGUUAACUGCCCCAGUGAUUAAACUAAAUUCUCUAGCACCAAUCCCAUCAGGAGUUUUCUGUUUCUCACAGGAUUCUGACCCUCACAGUCUGUAAAGAGUGAGGUUAACGCUGAAGAGAAACUUGAAAAUAAUACUCAGUAGUAUUACUCCAGAACCUCCAUCUGCCUGUUGUUAAAUGGUGUGGAGGAAACUUUUAGUGAUUGUUUCUGGGCUUAUUCUUGUCAACACACUCUUAAGUGUUCAGUAUUAAACAGUGGUAUCUGUGUUGCAUGCAGUACUAUAUAUCAAGUCCAUAUUGCUGUUGCCAGCCCAAAGGCCUUUCUAGUCUUACCGUGUCCCUUUGGUUCCAUCUCCUUUGCCAUUGUUACUUAUAGUCUAGUCUAUGCUACUACAGUGUUCCACCAGCAAAGUGAGCAACUCUAUGUUCAAAGUACCUCUAGGGUAACAAUACCUCUUUCUGCUGGCAGGCUUCUGCUGGUAGGUGGUACAAGGCACAUGUGUAGAUGCUUCUGUGCUUUCUGCAAGCUUUUACAGCCCCUGCAGGAGCUGGUGACUUCAGCACAGAUGCUGCAUGGGAGCUAUGAUGAGCUGCCAGAAGCACAUGAAGUUAUGUUCCUUGGAGUGUGGGCUGCUGUCAGUCAGCAAAACAAAGUCAUAUUAGAUGAGGCCAGGAGCCUUAACAUUUUUCUCACGUGUCCCUUCCAUGCUCCCAUCAUCUAUCAAACUGUUUUUGUUACUUGUAGGGCUCUGUCCCAUUUCCUUCUAAAACUUGCCUCUUCAAGCAACUCCUUUCAGAUUUUGUCCACACAGUUUUCCAUGGAGAAUUGUGGGAAAAUGUUAGAAUUAUAACUUCUGAAGAACCAAUGAACCCAGAGCGGCUGAGGGGACGGAUAUUUUAGUCACGCUAUUUUAAAAACGUUUGCUUUUGUGAACACUUAUUCAAUUUAGGACUAAAGAACUUUAAAAGGGUAGUUGUAUUUUUAUCUGAAACAUGAAAAGCUCCUGCUUCAGAUCUUCAGUGUGCUAGAUAAUACAAAUAAGCCUUUAGACUGCUAGAGUUAAGAACAAAGUGAAUUUGGAACAAAGAUAUUUUAGGAUCCCUUUACCAUUGAAGAAACCUAGAAGGAAGUGGGUAGGGUUCAGUUUUUCCUCCACUGGCAGUUCAUUUAGUUGCAUCUGUCAUGUAAAGUCACAGUUUGAACACAGAGAUGUCAUGAUAUUAGAAUGCUUACCUUCA